AUGAAUUUCAGUGCAGUGAAUAGGUUAAAAAACCGUUGUGACCACAUACUGCUGCGUGUUUUGACCGUACAGAAACAUUUUAACUCGCUCUUUCCGCAGCAUCUUAUUGCAAAAACGCACAACAGUGUGCUUGUGAUUGUUUAUUAUCAGCGACUCUGCUUGGCACCAAAAAAAGAAGCUUACUCCGAACUGGCAAAUCCACUAUUAGUGGAAAGAUACGUGCUGGAACAAGCGAAACGAGCCCAAAACAAGCACAUGUGUGAUUUAUUCGAUGCAGGCCGCUAUUGUGGUCAUGAAUAUAUCGUGAUGACACUGGUCGGCAGAUCCUUACGAGAUAUUGUGAAGGACACGAAAAAGAAGCGUUUCAGUGCUGGAUGCGUUAUCUCGGUGGGCCUGCAGUGUUUGGAAGCUAUCGAAGAGCUGCACCGGAUUGGGUUCAUACAUCGUGAUAUAAAGCCAUCAAAUUUCACAACUGGUCGCAGCAGUCUAAUCCAUGGCGUUCGCAGAAUCUAUCUGAUUGAUUUUGGCUUCAGCUUUCAGUAUGUCGAUUCGAACGAUCGUGUCAAACGCUUGCAUGUAUGUCUUUUCUAG